AUGACUGUCGUAGAUACCACUUAUUAUGAUGCAUUGGGUGUCACAACAGAUGCUUCACAACUGGAAAUUAAGAAAGCGUACCGCAAACUUGCCAUUAUCACACACCCAGAUAAAAAUCCAGAUGACGAGACCGCCCACGAGAAAUUUCAAGCUAUCGGUGAAGCCUAUCAGGUUCUAUCCAACACCGAGCUCCGUAAGCAGUAUGACAAAUUUGGAAAAGAAAGGGCAUUACCUUCGGAGGGCUUCGCUGAUCCAGCUGAGUUCUUUGGGACAAUUUUUGGCGGGGAAGCUUUUGCAGGCUUGAUUGGGGAGAUUUCGCUCAUGAAAGAUCUAACCAGAACUAUGGAUAUCACGAUGACUGAUGGAGGGGAUGAUGAAGGUGAUGCUGCCUCAGGAGAAGAUGCAACCAAAGGUGAUGGGGUAAAAGAGGAAAAGUCCCGAAUAAUCGGAGAAACAACAUCGAAUUCUCGAGAUGAUGUACCACCAACCACCUCAGUAUUGGAUGAGACAGAACCGACUACUCAUUCCUUGAAACCAUCAGAAGAUAAACCGAUGCUCAGUACGACCACGAGUGGUACGUCGACACCUCGAAGAGGACAGGGUAUACCUUUGCGACUUGCAAUUAUGGAUAAAGCAGAUGAUGAUGCAGGACCUAUGGUAACAGAAGAGGAGAAAGACCUCCGAAAAAAAGAUAAAAAGAAGGGAGGAUUAAGCAAGGCACAGAGAGAAGAAUUAGCAGCAUAUGAAAAAGAAAGAGCCAGAGUGAGACAAGAACGAGUAGACACACUUGCAAGGAAGCUUAUUGAUCGCCUGUCUAUUUGGACAGAAACAAAUAAGGAUCCUGAUGUUACCAGAGCUUUUCAAGAAAAGACCAAACUCGAAGUUGAGAACUUGAAGAUGGAAUCCUUCGGUCUUGACAUACUUCAUGCAAUUGGGGCUACAUAUGUACAAAAGGCAACGGCCCUUUUGAAAUCCCAGAAGUUUCUUGGUAUUGGUGGCUUCUUUAGUAAAUUAAAAGAUAAGGGCACGCUCGCUAAAGAAACUUGGAAUACUAUUAGCUCUGCAAUUGAUGCACAGAUGACGAUGGAGGAAAUGGCAAAGAUGGAGGAGAAGGGAGGUGAAGACUGGACAGACGAAAAGAAGGUGGAAUAUGAAAGGCGAGUAACUGGUAAGAUCUUAACAGCUGCCUGGAAAGGAAGCAAGUUUGAAAUACAAGGGGUUCUCCGAGACGUUUGUGACGAAGUUCUCAACGACAAAAAGGUACCGAUGAGUAAGAGAAUGGAGAGAGCACAAGCACUGAUUAUUUGUGGCGAAAUAUUUCAAAAGGCACAACGGAACCCAGAAGAAGAAGGGGACUACAUGGCCUUUGAACAGCUAGUCGCUGAGGCAGCUGCCAAGAAGGAGUCAAAGAAGAAGACAAAGGACAAGGAAUCCAAGCAUAACCUGCCGACUCAGGAUGCCACAGCUGCCGAUACCCUGAAUGUACCAAAGGUCUGA